AUGAAAAUGGAUGGAGUGAAUGAGGACGACUUAUUGGAGAUUAAACAGGACAUCAGUAGUUUGCGGUAUGAACUGAGAGAUGAUCGUCGACGUGAGAUCGUACGAAGUUCAUCACAUAUCGAUGCGGUCAAACGAGAUAUCAUGCGCACAAUGAGCAGUACCAGAAGCCGUGGUGUGGUUUUCAACGGCAACUAUCGAGCUCCUCGUGCAUCAGUGGCCGAAGAGAACGAUCUGACCACUACGGACGAAGAAGACGAUGAAAAGGAAGAUUCCGUAUCCCUUUUGUUCACACCGCCUGCAAACUCAACUCUGCCGGAGAUCGUCCAGGACAAACAGCAAUGUGGUAGCACCCGCCCAUGUAUCCUCGUCUCAUUUUGUGCAUACCUCACCCUUCUUACGAUUUCAGAAACCGACCGAAAGGUGCGUCGACGUCGAUGCUCAGAGGCCACCGGUGGUAUCGGAUCCGCUGAGAGAGCGGUGUUGAUCGGCGGAAGACGUGGUUCAGAGAAAGCUCACUCAGCACUGCGUAAAACCGACACUGCAUUCAGUUAUCCCAUCAACGGAAUUAUGAUGAGUCCACCGCUUCCGAAGGGUGUUUUGAAGUAG